AUGUAUGAUAAAGUGAAACGGAUCGACAAUGAUUUGGCAGUAAGAGAAGCCGCUGAAUUACUUGCAAAUGGCGAAGUUAUAGCAAUACCUACUGAUACUGUCUAUGGAUUAGCGUGUCGUGCCGACAAUGCUGAAGCCAUUAACCGAUUGUACCAAAUUAAAGGACGGCACGAGUCAAAACCGAUUGCUAUAUGUGUUGCGAACUUCACAUCAUUACGCACCUGGGGCCAGGCAGAUCAUCUUUCUGACGCGCUACUGCAUAAAUUGUUGCCUGGAGCGGUUACAAUCGUCGUUAAGAAAUCGUCGAAAUUUAAAAACAGUAAAUUAAAUCCGGCAUCAGCUAACAUAGGCAUAAGAAUACCGAAGUAUAAAUUCAUACAAGAUGUAUGUAGCAUAUUACAAUUACCUAUUGCGCUAACGAGCGCCAACGUGAGCGCAGAUAAAAGCACCUUAAAUAUACACGAGUUUCAGGCUCUUUGGUGUAAACUCGGUGCUGUGUUUGAUGGUGGUCAACUAGGACUAUCUGAAAAUCAGCGAGCAGCAUCUACUGUAAUAGAUUUAACUGAGAAGGAUCGGUACAGCAUCAUUCGCGAGGGUGUGGCAGUUGAACGAACGAUCAAGAUAGUAGAAAAAUACUAUUUUUCGUCAAAAGAAAAAUAAAGCAAUCAGCUGUUGCAUGAAU